GAUCUAUCCACAUAAACUUAGCCCCACAGCCACAAAGGCUCGCUCGCUCCGUGUCCAACUGUCAAUCAUAAUAAGCCUAUUCCUGUAAUUUCACACCUCUCUCUGUCUGUCUCACUCCCCACCGACGUCAACAUUAACAAAAGCACCGCCGCUUCGCCGCCGCCACCGUCACGCCGUUGCCGGCAUCCUCUUCUUUAUUUCACGUCUGUUCUCGUUGAUAAAUCGAACUCACACGCCCUCUGUUAAUACCUAUACAUACACAAGCUUACAAUUUAUUUUUAUUUUUAUUAACAAUGCAAAAGCUGGUUUUUAAAUGAAAAUACAAAUUUAGAAAAGAAAUGGCGCAGUACAGGCAAUCAGGAGGCGGACAUUACUAUGCAAACGGAACGCCGUCGUCAGAUCACGUCUCCAUUGGAAUUCGUGCUUCUUCGUCGCAAUCUCUAUCACAGCAACAGCAACAAUACAAGCCAAUUCGUGUUCGGCGAUCAGCGGCGAGAUCCGAUAAAUUGCAUCAUCGCUUUUCGUCUUCUAGAAGCUUCUCGAUCGCUGCGAUUAUUGCCGUCCUUAGUCUUGUACUUGUUGUUACUGUUUUAGCUUAUUAUUACAUCUCCUCUUCUGAAGAUACCGUUGCUAAAGAAAUAAAUGAUCAUCUUCUUAUUGAUGAUGAUAGCCUUGAUUUUCUUCCAAAUGUUACACGUACCAACUCUGUUAGCUUUGGACAUGGUUCAACACACGGACGGGAUUCUAGGUAUUGGGAUAAGGAUGAUAGGAGAAGGGAUGGGGAUUAUAACGAGGAUGAUGUGGAUCAUGUUAGCAAGGAAGCUAAAGAUGACUCUACUGAAAAGGGUAACGAUCCGGUGAAGUUGAAGAAUGGAAAGGUGAAGACCGCGCAAGAUGAUCCUUCUAAGGGUUUACAUCAAAGGGGAACUGGGUUGUACAAUGAAGAUGGGCGUAAAGAAUUGAAAAUGUAUGAAGCAGAAUAUGAGGCUUCUUUAAAGAAUGCUGGCCAGUUGAGAAAUGAAAAUGAGAUUAAACAUCAAGAACUUGAUGAUGAGGAUCAUGGGCAGCAGAAUGAGGGAGUUGAUACAGAUAAUGAGUAUGAUGAUGGCAUAGACUCUCAUGAUCCUCAAAAUGAGGAUUAUGACAAUUCUGGACAUGACAAUGAAGACCAACCUGCCGUGAGGAUUCCCCAUGACAAAGAUGAUAGAGAAUCCUCUGAUUUUAAUGAUGCUGAAACUAAGGAUCAAAAGUUAGACAAGGACAAUCACGAAGUCUCUGAGAACAUAUCAUAUAAGUCUUUGAAGACCAGAAAUGUAGAUAAUGUUGACAGUAAUUCUCGGCUUCGGCAUUCAUUUGGUGGUCAAUCUACAACUAAAUCUAAGUCGGAUGUAAAAAGGAAACAGAAGCAUCGCAAAGGAUCUUGUGAGAUGAAGUUUUUAAAUUCUACCACGCAGCUUGUGGAGCCAUUUGAAAGUCGGAAAUUUGCAAGGUUUUCCUUGCAGUACAACGAAAAGGAGGAGAAGCCCAAUGGGGAGGAACAAUGGGAACCUAGAUUUGCUGGGCAUCAGAGCCUACAAGAGCGGGAAGAAUCGUUUUUGGUACAUGACCAACAAAUAAAUUGUGGAUUUGUCAAAGGUCCUGAAGGAUCCUCUAGCGCAGGAUUUGAUUUGUCAGAAGAUGAUGCAAGUUAUAUCAGUAGAUGCCACAUUGCUGUGAUCUCUUGUAUCUUUGGCAAUUCUGAUCGCUUGAGGUCACCUCCUACUAAAACGGUCACUCGUUUAUCAAGGAAAAAUGUGUGCUUUGUUAUGUUCAUGGAUGAAGUUACAUUGCGAACACUUUCUUCGGAAGGUCAUGCGCCUGAUACAGCAGGUUUUAUUGGUUUUUGGAAGGUUGUGGUAGCGAAAAAUCUUCCUUAUACUGACAUGCGGAGAGUGGGGAAAAUACCAAAAUUGUUGCCACACAGGCUUUUCCCUUCUGCGAGAUACUCAAUUUGGUUGGAUAGCAAAUUACGCCUGCAAGUUGACCCUCUGCUUAUUCUGGAAUAUUUCUUGUGGCGGAAAGGAUAUGAAUAUGCUAUUUCUAAUCACUAUGAUCGCCAUUGUAUAUGGGAAGAGGUGGCACAGAACAAGAGACUGAACAAAUACAAUCAUAGUGUAAUAGAUCAGCAAUUCGCUUUCUACCAGGCUGAUGGACUGACAAAGUUCAAUGUUUCUGAUCCAAACAAGCUUCUUCCCAGCAAUGUCCCUGAAGGGUCUCUAAUUGUUAGAGCGCACACUCCAAUGUCGAAUCUGUUCUCCUGUCUUUGGUUCAAUGAGGUUGAACGCUUUACUCCUCGUGACCAACUGAGUUUUGCAUACACAUAUCAAAAACUAAGACGAAUGAAUCCUGACAAGCCAUUUCAUCUUCAUAUGUUUAAGGAUUGUGAGAGGAGAGCCGUUGCAAAAUUAUUUCGGCAUAGGUCAGAGGAGAAGAGAAAUAUUCUUCGUCAACAAGCAACAGAAUGAAAUGCGUGAGAGAUUUUUCUCUCAUGGGGAGUCUUUUCUGUACAUUAUUCUUAGCCACACCCAGAUUUAGUGCUUGAUGAUGGUAUACCUUGUAAUGCCCCCAAAGAUGUUACCACUGUUGACGAGGAACUUAAUGGAUCAGUGCCGGAGUUCCUUAGCAGUUCCCUCGCUGAAGUGAGGUAAUAGUACUGAAUACCCUUCUCAAAUGUUAAUUAAAUGCAUCUGUGUGAAAAAGUAACUAGGAUCUCCUCGAGCUUCUUCAUUGUACCAAUGCAAUUCACUAUUCUUUGUUUCAUUUUGAGGUUAACCGUGCUGCCCGAUGCCUUUUGUACCAUUACUUCCUAAUAGUAGUAAUUUUCUUUUCACAACUUUUAAAAUAGUAGUAUUGGCUAUUUGUAUUUGUAACAAAUUUUGAUGAGUAACAAAAAUAUAGGUUAUAUGUUGUUUUGUUCUUGGCAAA